AUGUCGACGCCCGACGAGCUGACUGUGCUCAUUCAGAAUCUGCAAAAAUGCAACAACACUAGUGAAUCGAUCAACUUCGACCUGGCGAGGACGAUCCAGGAGUUUCUCAACUGCCUGGACAGAAAUGUGCUGGAGGAACUAGAAGGGGGAAUACACGAAAAUGAGAGGGAGAAGGAGAGUGACAAGGAACGAGACAGUCAGCGGGACAGUCAGCGGGACAACCAACGGGACAGAGACGUUACGAACAGCUUCACCUCAGCGGCGAUUUUUGUGGAAAACUGCGUCAAAAUCUUCGGCCUAAAAAUCGAGCACUUGCACAAUUUGGCCCAUAACACGUUGUACAAUAUUUACAAGGAGCAUAAACAUAGCAAUGGAGGGAAGAAGCACAACGUUAUGUGCGACGAGGAGGAGUACCUGUUCAUUAACGAGGUAAAGAAUUUAAAAAGUUGCCCCGGGGAUAACGAGCCAUGCAUGGAGGACGACCUGCUCAUCAAGACAAUUCCGCUGCCCACUUUUCUGUUUUCUGAAAAUGUGAAGAAGAAGGAAGAUUCUACAGAAAUGAGAGCAGGCACAGACAUGGACGUGAACUUGGACGUGGACAGCGAGGUGGGUACCGAGUUAAGCAUCUCCCACCUCAACGUCGAUGGUGGAGGCGGUGACCAUCGGAAGAGGAACUCCAAAAUGUCAAAGCAAAACGAAGAAGCUCCAAACGAGACCAUCGCGGCAACUGCGGCAUGGAAAAAGGAGGAAGAUGACCACCUAACCGACGAAACGGAGGUGUUCGAACAGAACUCCCUAAAACCGCUAAACUUCGACAAAAUGUACCUGGAAAACGAUGGAAUUCUCCUCCUAGAUAUCAACGAUUACAACGUUUUCAUAAAUGACCAAUACGACUUUUCCAUCUUAAACCAAAACAGUUCCAUGCUUUUCGAAAAAUACGACUUUUCUUGCUCCAGACAUUCCACAUAUUUCUCUCCCGCUAAUUUAAAAAAAUAUAUGGAGAAGGAAAAGACGGUUAACGAUAUUUACAAGACUUACAAUUUUAAUGACCUCCUGAAUGAUGAAUUAUGCCCAGACGUCUUCCUAUUUAAGAAUGACUUCUUCGAUUAUGACCUCGCCCUAGGUAUUAUAAAAAGCAAAAAAUAUCUAUUGAGCAGGUUUAAGGAACAGAAGAAGUACCUGUACGUCCUGGACGAGAAUGCCCACAUGGACAAGGACAGAAUGGGCACCACUACGUAUGAGAAAAAUGAUAUAAAAAGGAAAUUGCCCCACUAUUAUAUGCUUAACUGUCAGAAUAUCAAACACGCGCAGGAUUUCUUCACCUACAUGCAGCCCGGCCAAAUUAUAGACAUCAUAACUCGUAACGCGGAGAGGCGAUAUUUUUCAUGCCUCCCAAAUGGGGAGACAUCACAUACCAGGCAACGUGACAACACAUCUGGUGCGGACUCGCCAAGUGGAGGGACUGCUCAACCAACUACACUGACGGAUACGAUUUCCCCUCCCCGCUCCAACGACCAGAAGCUAUUUGAACAAAUAAAAAUCCCAGACAUAUAUAUACAAAAACUGGGGCUUAACUUCGACUACUACCACUUGGAUCCCCUCAUCCACAACUUAAUAAAAGAAUUGAAGAAAAAAAAAAACGUCGAAAAAUAUUUCUCCUUAAAUUUGUUUGACGAGAAGAACAACUACGACUUUGACAUUUUGCAGGACGAAGAGUACGUGGACGAUCAGAAUGAAGAAAACGCAAUCGCCGAGGGGGAGUGUAACAUAACCACUGAAAAGUUUUUGGAUGUGCGAUCCCUAAAUGAUGGCAUGAUAGAUGAUAUUCCUCUGGAUGUCUUUGAAAAAAAGGACUCCUCCGACGCGUUUUUCGCGUCCUUCGAUGAGGAUAUUCACGAGAGAGUCAACAAAUGGAACGUCUUCCUCGAAGAGAAACUUCAACUCCUCAGGAGCCACCCCAAAUAUGACGUAGACGUGUACAAGAAAAACAUCAUCCACUACACCAUAAACAGCGGGGAAAAAAUCCCCCUCUGUAAUCUAAUCAAACAUAGGGAGCCCUACCAAGUGUGUAGGAACUUUCUCACCACCCUCAUGUUAAUCAACACAGAUAUGCUUCAAAUAAGCCAAGUCAACCAGCACAGCCAAUCCAACGACGUAAGUAACUACCAAAUUAAGGUGAAAAAGGAAAACGUCCAGGAGUACCUUGGCUCAUCGAAAAAUAUUAAAAAUGCCAGUUUUGUUAUAAAGGAUAAGAAGAGAAAGGCAGCUUCCAAGGGGGGGACGCGGAAUGCCAAGCCCGCCAAAAAGAAGCCGCACAAGGAUUAG